CCGUUUUAACACGGGUUGGAAACCCCGUCCCACCCUCUUCUCUUCGCUGUCCAGAAGCAAGAUGCCUGGUGUAACAGUGAAAGACGUCAACCAGCAGGAGUUUGUCCGUGCCCUGGCGGCCUUCCUGAAGAAAUCAGGAAAACUGAAGGUACCUGACUGGGUAGACCUCGUAAAGCUGGGCAAGCACAAAGAGCUGGCUCCCAGUGAUGAGAACUGGUUCUACAUCAGAGCUGCAUCCACAGUUCGCCACCUGUAUCUUAGAGGUGGUGCCGGUGUUGGCUCCAUGACCAAGAUCUAUGGUGGCCGCAACAGGAACGGCGUGUGCCCCUCUCACUAUAGUGUUGGAUCAAAAAAUGUUGCCCGUAAGGUUCUGCAGGCCCUUGAGCUCCUAAAAAUGAUUGAGAAAGAUCCCAGUGGUGGCCGCAGACUAACUUCCCAGGGAACCAGAGACCUGGACAGAAUUGCUGGCCAGGUUGCAGCUGCAAACAAGAAAUCUGUUUAAUAAAAAAUCUUCUUGAGAAAGUCAAA